AUGGUCCCUCCACCAAGAGUGGGAUCAUUCUCACCAAACCCUUCGCAGACUCUUCAGACGGGAACCAGUCACUCGCCGCAUCCGUCGCACGGUGGUGUCCUGAGUGCUGGCGCGAGCCCCAGUACAAGCAGUCCGACUGGGGCUAACCCCUUGACAAAGAUUGUUGUCGCCCAAGUCUACCUCCUACUCAGCACUAUCAAGGAGGACAAGGAUCGCGCCAGGUGGGAGUUACAGGUCGAGCAGCUGCAUAAGCUCAUCGAUGAACACGGCAUGGAAGUGUUCUCCAAGUAUUUUACUAGGUUGGUAGCGGGAAAUGCGCCCCAAAUCUUCCCCGGGCUUAACCGCCCCGUCGCCAACCCCGGUAACUACCACAUCCUCGUCGCCGAGAUGCGAAAGAUUGCCCACGAUGUCGAUCAAGCAAGCAAAAUCGCCGAGUCGGUGGAAAGUGGCACCGAAGACAUCUUCCGUGACUUCGACCUGUCAACCUUCAUGGAACACUUCAAGCUCGAUGCCCUGGAGAAGACACUCUUGGCGCUGGCGUUCAAGACUGGGUCCCGCUCCGACCUAAAGACCAAGGCCGACGCCAUUUUGUCCACGAAUUUCCCGGCUUUCCUGGACAUCAUCUCGCGCCCAGAGAUCGAGGCCCACGCUGACCUUACUCCUGCGUUCGUCGCCCUGAUUGUCGAUCGGUUCCUUCAAUACCACCCCCCAAGUUUCAACGCGGCUUCCAGGCGAGAUCUGCAGAACUACAUCGCCAAGCGGUACGUGGCGAUGGAUCAGGCGCCUCCUUCAGAGGUUCUUGCCGCCCUCGAUCUCGGCCGAGUCCUUGCCGACAGGCCGGUAAACGCUUUGGCACGCUUCGUGCAGAGGACGGGUGCUGAGUUUACGAGAGACGAGGAGACGUGCGUUUCCUGCUUGCAGGGCCGUCCUAGCAACAUGCAAAUAGGACCUGACCAGGUUUCUGCGGCGCUUAUCUUCACCACGAUCACCCAGAGUCCUCAGCAAAACCCGACCGUGCUUGUCGCAGCCCUGCAGCGUGUUCUCCCGAAAACAUUCGAAUGGACGGAAGUUGUUCGGUUUUUUGACCAGCCUACGGCUCGAAUCUCGUCUACGCAAUUUCUACGACUCUACCGGGCACUGCUUCCCAUUGCUCAGGAUCCCAAGCACAAAUUUGAUAUCCAGAGACUUUGGGGCGGCUCUUGGAGCGAGUCGGAGGCCCAGUUGUCCUUCGUCAGCGCUUUCGCCUCCCUGACUCCGGAUCAGCUAGACGCCACUACAAUCCCAGGGUUACAACGGAGCAUCAGCCUGGACGACUAUGCCAAUUCCCCCCCGAACGUUCAGGAGCGUGCUGCCGUUGCGGUGAAGCACCCUCUCGUUUCCGUGGCCGCUUUGUCCGCCAUAUUCACUGUUGCCCUCAACUCGGUGCAAGCAUCUCAGAGCGUGGAAGCGAAGCGCCUCUUCCAGGAGGUGGUGGUCCCCAACCUGGAUAUUUUCCUGGUGUCCGCCUUUGAGGUUCCUCGGCAAUCCUGGGCGCCAAUGGCGAUGGAUACGCUGAACUCACUAUUCGAGAACUUUUUGUACAAGCGUUCACCUGAGUACGAUUUCGUCCUCGACAGCUUGUGGAAGAAGGAUAGUGCUUGGGUGACCCAACGAUUGGUUGAUGCUCAUGCAGUCAAGCCCAUCGAUUUGCCUCUGAUUUUCGACCACGCGCUGAAGCAUGGGUGGCUGGAUCAUCUUGUUUAUCUCCCCAGCGGGUUCGGUAUCGACCUCGCCGCAUAUGCGCAUGCCGAGGGCCACUUGGACUUGAGCAACUGGGCGCGCUUCAACGCGGAGAGAAGCGUGGAGAUGUCUCGCAUCCUGCUCCAAUUCCUCAUGAUCAAAGCGAAUUUGGAAAUCCAGUUUCAACGCCCUCCGGAUGGACAGCCUCCGGUCAAGACCAGUACGAGCUUGCAGGUCAGGACCGUAUCUGCGUUGCUGCAAAUCUUGGAAGACUUCUUGCCCAAAGCACCAGUGCAGGACCUCAUCCUGGUGCAACGCCACUGUAUCACGGCAUACCCACGACUGAUCAACUACGGCGAAGGCUACGACGACGUCAUCGACACUAACGGCAGAGAUGGAAACGCAUUGCCACUGGCUGCCAACAGCAAGAUGGAAGAGCACUACAAGAAGAUGUACGGCGAUGAAAUCCAGGUACGCACGAUCGUGGAGAUUCUAGAUCGCUACAAACACUCGAGAGACCCCCUGGAUCAAGAUGCAUUCGCUUGCAUGAUCCACGGUCUAUUCGAUGAGUACAACCACUACGUCGACUAUCCUCUGGAGGCUCUGGCGACGACGGCGGUAUUGUUUGGUGGGAUCAUCUCUCACAAGCUCAUAUCAGACCUGCCGCUUAAGAUCGGCUUAGGGAUGAUCCUGGAGGCUGUUCGGGACCAUAUGCCCGACGAUCCCAUGUACAAGUUUGGUCUUCAGGCUCUGAUGCAGCUUCUUGUUCGCUUUCGGGAAUGGCCUGGGUUUUGCAAGCAGCUGCUCCAGAUCCCGGGCCUGCAGGGCACAGAAGCGUACAAGAAGGCCGAAGAGAUCGUGCGCGACCACGAGGAGGACAUUGUGCGUUCUCGUAACGGCGCGGGCACACCCCAUGGUCUGAGCUUCCCAGGAGAGUCCUUCACGAACGGGAAUCCCGACGAAACCGCCAACGAACGCCAAGCACCCCCGUUCGCAGCCAUCGGCAUCGACCCUAUCCCCGCCGGUGUCGAGUUCGAGGAGCCUGGCGAUGAAGAGCAGGGCAAGAUCCAAUUUGUCCUGAACAACAUCACCGAGGGAACUCUUCAGUCAAUGCGCAACGAACUGCGCGAUGUGGUGGAGCACAAUCACCAGCAGUGGUUUGCCAGCCAUCUCGUCGAAGAACGUGCGAAAAUGCAGCCCAACUACCACCAUGUUUAUUUGGAGCUUGUCAAGCUGUUCGAGGACAAGACCCUCUGGAGCGAAGUGCUUCGGGAGACAUAUAUCAGCGUGGCUCGAAUGCUCAACUCAGAGGCCACGAUGCAGAACUCGACGGAGCGGACUCAUUUGAAGAACCUUGGUGGCUGGCUUGGGCUCUUGACCCUUGCCCGUGACCGUCCCAUCAAGCACAAGAACAUUGCAUUCAAGCAACUGCUAAUCGAGGCCCAUGACACCAAGAGACUCAUUGUCAUCAUCCCGUUUGUUUGCAAGGUCUUGAUUCAAGGAGCUUCGUCAGCCGUAUUCCGGCCCCCGAACCCAUGGUUGAUGGACAUCAUCCAUUUGCUCAUUGAGCUGUACCACCACGCUGAGCUGAAGCUGAACCUCAAGUUCGAGAUCGAGGUUCUGUGCAAGGGCUUGAAUCUGGAUCACAAGAGCAUCGAGCCAUCAGGCGAAAUACUCAACCGACCCGCGGCAGAGGAAGCCGUCGAAGUGCUUCCACACGAGCAGCUUGACGCCUUUGAUACCCUGUCCCUGAACGGAAUCGGGUCUGUUGUUGGUGCGGGUCUCUCUCCCCAAGCCGUUGCGCCAACUAUACCCGACGUCGGACCUAUGAUCAGCAUCCCCCCUACGAAUGAGAUGGUUGUGAGCACGACGCGCCUCCACGAGAUUGUUCGGAGUGCUCUCACACGGGCUCUGCAGGAUAUUAUCCAGCCUGUUGUGGACCGGUCGAUUACGAUAGCGGCAAUUUCGACGGUUCAGAUGGUUCGCAAAGACUUCGUCUCGGAGCCAGAUGAGAACAAGAUGAGGAACGCUGCCGUCAAUAUGGUCAAGUCGACCGCGGGCAGCUUGGCUCUUGUCACUUCCAAGGAGCCUCUCCGAGCGAACAUGACCAAUUACAUGCGCAAUCUUGCCAACGACCUUCCCUCGGGCCUACCUGAGGGUACAAUCAUCAUGUGUGUCAAUUUGAACCUCGAACUCGCCUGUAACAUCAUCGAAAAGCAGGCCGAAGAGAGAGCUGUUCCGGAGAUUGAGGAUAUGCUUGAGGAAGACGUCCAAGCUCGAAGACGGCAUCGCGCCCAGCAACCAAACGAGCCCUUUUACGCCGGCACGGUCAAUCGUUGGGCCAUGACCAUUCCAAGUCCGUACAAAUUGUCGCCCAACAUAAAUGGCCUUAACAGCGACCAAAUGCAAAUCUACGACGAUUUCGCGAGACAACCGCGUAACACCACGGUAUCGACUGCGCAUGCGCCAUCUGCUUCAGAUGCCACCCGAUCUCUUGCCAACGAGGUCCUACAGGAAUCCUACAGCACGAUUCCCAGCAUUCCCACACCAGCCGAGACGCCUUCGGUACAGCACAUCGGCUCUCAGCUACCGUAUGCCCCGGUUUCCAGUGCUGCGGGCAACGUAGGCCGCGGGGUCGGCGCGAAUGCCUAUCAUAUUGAUGUCCGUGGUCUGGCUGAGCGCGUCAACAAGCUGCUGCAAGAGCUCUUGCGGGUUGCCGGGGAAGCUCAAGAGGAGCACUUCAUCGGCCUUCCAAGACCACAUCCAGUUCUGGACGUGGUUGACGCGUUGGUGCAGCUCAUCAUUAAGACGUCCCAGAGCUCGGAAGAGUUCGCCAUCUACACUGCAGAGCAGAUCAGCGCUCUCAUUUUCCAGCAAGUCGAGGACAAUCUGACCUUGGAAAGCCUGGUCCACGUCUUGGAGACUUUGCGGAAGAUUUCCGGACCUGCGUUGAACAGCCGAGUUCGGGCGCUGUUUAGCCAGCAACCCGGUCCGAAUUUCUUGAGCCUGCCAUUGCUUGCCGCCUUGAUUCGCACCGAUUUGAUCGACUGGAGAAAUAUCGAUGCGGCAAUGUCCAAGGCUCUCGAGAGCCGGAAAGAGUCGUCACUGGAGUUCCUGGAACACCUGCUUGAUCUCGCCCUCAUCAGCAAUCGGCCCAUCGCGCUUUACGCAGAUUUUGUGCGCACAAUGGAGAGAGCGUGGGCAUGGGUCUCGGAAGAGCCCAGCAAUGCCACUGCCCAAAGACUGAAGGAGAAGCUUCUAAACGCAGGGCUCCCGCAACCUUCGUGGAACAGUACCGGAGACGACAAAUCAGCGUUCCGACAGGAACAAAUGGAAUAUGUCUUCGAGGAGUGGGUCCAUCUCUGCAACAACCCAAACGCGACAGCCGAAGCCUCCAAUAUCUUUAUGGAUCAACUGGAGGACAGGCUGCUCGUCAGAGAUCAGAACGACUUUUUUAUCUUGUCCCGCGUCGCUCUCGAACUGUGUGUCGAUCGUUUCGACCACAUCGCGCACUCUAGCGCUAUCAGCGACGCGUAUGUCAUGGUCGAUGCCUUGGCCAAGCUGAUUUGUGUUUACACCACGACGCGCAACGAGACAUCCGGCACCCGCACAUCUCUGAUGGACUCCACCUUUACUGUGAUCGGCUUGAUUCUUAGCCACCAUCAUAUGAAGCGAGGCGAGCACCUGAAUCAACGUGUCUUCUUCCGCCUUUACUCGCUGCUUCUUCACGAAGUACACGGCGACAGCGACAAUUACACGGAAGAGGAUCAGCGACGGCUGCUGCUGUCGUUCGCCGCCAAGCUCGAGAAUGCCGGGCCUUUCUAUCUCCCGGGUUUCACGUUUGGUUGGCUAUCACUCGUUCAACACCGAGCCUUUGCUCCGGUGCUGUUGCAGAUGCCUGGAAAUGCCGGUUGGCGCCCGUAUGCGAAAUUGCUCGUGCAGUUACUAGACACGCUCGGCGAGCAACUCAAGUCACUCAACGUGUCAAGCAUGGCCAAGGAGCUUUACCACGCCACCCUGAAGCUCCUGGUGAUUCUCCAGCAUGACUUCCCGGACUUCGUCGCGGCCAACCACGUCACGUUCUGUGCCAGCAUUCCGCCGCAUUGCAGCCAACUGUUGAACGCAAUUCUAUCAGCCAACCCGCAACAGAACCCGACUACAGGCAUGAAGCCGGAUCAAUCGGAAGAGAUCAGCUUGUAUCCCGGGCUGGUCGAAGACGCAACGGCGAAGCUGCGGGACUCUGGGCUCCUCGCCGUGUUGGAUCAGGUACUCGGCAAUGGACCUGCCGAAGACACCGUCGCGCAGGUUGCACACGCCAUGACACAUAACAGCCCGCAGGAGACCUCGUUUGGACAUAUUCCGGUCGCGGCCAACGCUCACAUCAUUGGCGCCGUGGUUGUGUACAUCGGGCAACACGCCGCAGAACGUAUGUCUCGCUCGCCAAACUCCGCGGCCGUCACCGGGAGCGAGUCUGAUGUGGCGACGCUCUCCCUGCUUGUUCACGAGCUGCCGCCUGAAGCCAGGUACUACCUUGUAUCCUGCAUGAUGAAUCAGCUGCGAUUCCCGAGCGCCUACACAGACUUUUUCUGUCAAGUUGUGCUCCAUAUCUUUGGCAAGGACUUGAACGACCCCGAGGAAUCUGAGAUACGCCAGGAAAUUACCCGGGUGCUCCUCGAACGUCUUGUCGGGUUCUGGCCUCAACCUUGGGGGCUCAUGUACACGGUUCUGGAGCUGGUCAAGAACGAAAAGUACAUGUUCUUCGACCUUCCCUUUGUCAAAUCGACACCAGAGGUAGCGGAAAGGUUCGCCACGAUCCUCCAACGUAAUUAA